UGCGAUGCAUGGGGCGAUGUGUGAGUGGGCGGAGCUACAGGCGUAAGACGAAUGGAGGGACGGACCCUGGUGUAUUUCAAUUAGCCGGCUCGCAGAGGCGUUCACUUUAACGUGUAGUAGGUUCCAGGCGGCGUUCACGGGAGAGUUACACUUAAAACAAACACACAAGACGGUGGAGCUUCAGCGGUCGCUUCGCUGCGUUUACACGUUGUUCUAAAGCACUAGAAGAGAGCAGUGUUGCUGGGAUGGCCAGAGGAGAGGGAGCUGAGCAGUACUCCAACGCCAGUCUGCUGAAGAAAGCCGAGUCGCAACAGAUCUCAGCAAAGACGAGGGAGGAGAAAAGUCGCUUAUCGGUGUGCAAUAAGCUGUGUUAUGCUAUAGGCGGAGCGCCUUAUCAGAUCACAGGAUGUGCCUUGGGUUUCUUCCUCCAGAUCUAUCUCCUGGAUGUUGCUCUGCUGGAUCCAUUCUAUGCCUCCAUUAUCCUGUUUGUGGGGCGAGCCUGGGAUGCCAUCACCGACCCCACCGUGGGAUUCCUGGUCAGCCGGUCUCCAUGGACCAGAUUUGGGAGGAUGAUGCCAUGGAUUAUUCUAUCUACUCCAUUUGCAGUCAUAUCCUACUUUCUCAUCUGGUACGUGCCUCCUGUUGAUCAGGGCAAAGUCCUCUGGUACCUCAUAUUCUACUGCCUCUUCCAGAGUCUGCAAACGUGCUUCCAUGUGCCAUACUCAGCCCUCACCAUGUUCAUCAGUUCAGAACAGAAGGAGAGAGAUUCAGCCACAGCCUACCGUAUGACUGUGGAGGUUUUGGGAACUGUCAUUGGCACUGGAAUCCAAGGCCAGAUCGUGGGAAUGGCCAAUGCACCCUGUAUACCAGUUGGAAAUGAUAUCAACUCCACUUCUGAGAAUUUUGAAGUCAACAUCAGCCAACCACAUAUUUCCCUGGAAGACACAAGACAGGCUUACAUGAUCGCCUCAGGAGUUAUCUGUGCCAUGUAUGUCCUCUGUGCCAUCACACUCUUCUGUGGUGUAAAGGAAUGCAAAGAAACCGCAAAGGUCCGAACGGAGCGCAUGUCCUUCUUCCGUGGCAUCCGUCUAGUAAUGGGCCAUGGUCCAUACGCCAAGCUGGUGAUGGGCUUUCUCUUCACCUCUCUGGCUUUUAUGCUCCUGGAGGGCAACUUUGCUCUGUUCUGUUCCUACACCCUUGGCUUCAGAGAUGACUUUCAGAACAUCCUACUAGUCGUCAUGCUCUCCGCCACACUCACCAUCCCAUUCUGGCAGUGGUUCCUUACUCGAUUUGGAAAGAAAACCGCCGUCUAUGUUGGGACUACAAUCGUGAUUCCAUUCUUGAUCGCAGUGGUCCUUUUGAAAAGUAAUCUCAUCGUGACAUACAUUAAUGCCUUUGCUGCUGGAGUCAGCAUUGCUGCUGCCUUCCUCCUACCCUGGUCCAUGCUUCCUGAUGUGGUUGAUGACUUCAAAGUGCAGAAUCCUGAAUCUCAGGGGCAUGAAGCCAUCUUCUACUCCUUCUACGUGUUCUUCACAAAGUUUGCCUCAGGAGUUUCUUUGGGAAUUUCAACUCUAAGCCUCGAUUUUGCUGGUUAUGUAACGAGAGGCUGCACACAACCAACAGCGGUGGAUGUUACACUGAAAGUUCUGGUUUCUGCUGCUCCAGUUGCACUAAUCAUCAUAGGACUGAUCAUAUUUACCACUUAUCCCAUUAAUGAAGAGAGGAGGCAGGGGAACCGCAAACUGCUCAUCGAGCAAAGGGAGAUGGAGUCAGAAGCAGACUCGUCAGAAACUGAGCUGGUCAAUGUAUUGUAACAUCACAGAACUCUAAAGAGGGCCUUCAAAUUGGACGACCACCUACGGGACCCUCAGAGGCAAAUGAAUCGUCCACAGAGGCAUUCAGGCCAAUCGUGUUUACCCAAUGGUGUUCACGUGACAACUGCUUCCUUAAGAACCUCAAAUGGAGGGUCUGAAAGAUCCAGGUCACAUUGCCUUUCAGUGUCUGAAAGCUGCUCAACUACAUGCAAUCCAAAAGACUUAAUUUUUUUUCCCUUGUAAACAUGCACAAAAGCUUGAAAUGUGAUAUGAGGUUUAUGUUGCCUAUGUCAGUGCUACUCUUCGGAAUGGAAUUAUAAAGUGUCCUGAACUCGAAAAGCACAAAGCACUCACACUGCACUAACCUGUUCUCCACCUGGCUGAUGAUGGGGAGAAACUUAACAUUAUGGUUCUUUUUUGAAAUUCAAGUAUAUUUCAUCAAAUCCAGGAUACCUCUUUUUAAUACAUGAAACAACUUUAUACAUUACAAGGAAUAAUUAGCACUUGUGUAGUGUUAAAAAUACAAGCAGUAUACUACACUACAUUGUUACAGUGUACAGAAUAAAGGGGUGUGUGUGUGUGUGUGUGUGUGUAGGACGGAGUAUCUGUGCAUAUUUAAUUCAAAUCCCCAACCUUUUUUGUAGACAAACAAAGUACACUGUCAGUCUAGUUUGGACUCCAAAACAACAUUUGAUCUCUGUGCAAAUAGCAAUUGUGGGAUUUGAACAAAAGACAAGUUUAAACCGCACCCUGCUGUGGGCUAAAUUCCAGCAUUUGCACAGUUAAAGCAGUUUCUUUCCCCCAGUUCAUUUACCAGGAUGUUGAAUCUUGGUGUAUUGACUUGGACAGUGUUGGUCCUGCAUAGUCGACUGCCUCUAAUAUGAGGAGAAUGAAGCUCUUUAAUUAUUUAAUAUUUUUAAUAUUGUGUUGGUUUGGUCAUGUCAACAUCUGUGUUAUGCCUCUCGAAGGGAAAGAAAAAAAUGCUCCCGGAGUUAACUGAUGUCUCUACAUUUAAGAUUCUUGUGGCGUCUCAUCACUGUUAUUUCAUUGUGUUUGUUCUUCAUGUACAUGUGAAUCUGCUGGCUUGCCAAAAGUUCUUAGAUGCCAUAAGGGAAGCACUAGUGUUUUAUUUAAGUAUUGUUAUAAUGGAUUCAAAUCCCAUUAUCUGUAUCUGUUUAUUUAAAAGUGAUUUUGUAAACAUGGACCGAAGGAAAGCAUCUGCUGUGACGUUUAAAAGCCAACUUUGGAUUUGAUCCUAAAUUGCAGAAUUUUUUAUUUUUUUGUGCAUUUCGUCUUUUUGUUCAGACCUGAGAUGACUUCUGAAUAUACAUUUGUAUGUUGUCACAUGUCAUAUGAAUCUCUUGAAGAUUUUGUUUUUGUUGUUUCUGCUGACUUUCAACCAGCGAUGGGGUUCAUAAUGGUUUACUGCUAGAAGAAUUCAACUGAGGACUGUUUUUGUACAUAUUUAUAUGUAUAUAUGUAUAGAAUGUUUGUACAGUGUUUAAAUGUAUUAGGUGUUAAUGAUUGCGGAAAGAGAUAACUCAUUUGUGAAGUUAUUUAAAGUCUUUGCCAAUGAAAUGAUUAAUAAAUGCUAAUUAACUCUU